UGUGCGACUUUACAAGUAUAAAUUUGAUAGUAGUUGAAUUUAGCGCAGACUGUGCUGAGUUGGACACAAACCUGCUUUAUAAACUCCCGCAAACUCCCAAUCCUGAUGUUUGACUCCCGUUCCUUUCAUACAUCAGAGAGGUGUUUACUUCAACAUCUCUGUGUCCUUCUCCUCGCCUGAGGUUUCACACACAGAACAAGAGGGGGACAGACAGAUCACAUUGCAAGGGCUGCUGUCAGGCUUUGCAUUAUCUGGCAGGGGCUGUGAGGCGAUGGAGAGAAGGGACAUUUCAGGCUGCAAGAGAAGCAGAGACAGGAAAUAGGGGUCUUGGAGUAAUGAGUUCCAGUUACCCACCAGUGAAACAGAAAGCCGUACCAGGCAUCCUUGGAAAAUAGUUUUCUCCUGACUACUUGGCAAUACUUAGCUAGUUGUUUUAGCUAUAGAAAAGGUUUUCGGUGCUGGAGGUAAAAGAUUAACAAGGCAGCUCCUCCUUGUUUGUACGAAUGGUCCCAUGAUCUUUUUUAGAACUUAAUGCACAGUAUUAAGGAGAUUGAAUCAUACGACAGGCAGCCUAAAGUUAAUUCAGUUUGUACAAUCACUCCUGAGACAGCCUGCAGGGCAGAGCGGAUAGACUCGGUAAAAUGUGAUCAGAUAGUCCUGGUCCAAGUUGCGGGGAAAACAUCAAAACAACAAGGCACACAUGCGACACUUGCAUCACAGAACAAAAGACGUCUUUCCAGCCAGAAAGAAUAACUAAGUUUCAGAAGAUAAUUUGAUUUGCGAAAUGGACACAAAGAAUGGAUGUUGAAAUCGAUAUUUACAAACAUUUCACGUGGCUCAAAAGGGUUAAUCAUACAGUGGUAAAUAAUGAGACAUACCAAGAACGACUGACACGUCUGGAAGGUGAUAAGGAAUCUCUGAUAUUACAGGUGAGCGUCCUCACUGAUCAGGUGGAGGCCCAAGGAGACAAGAUCCGAGACCUGGAGUCCUGUGUAGAGGAACACCAGCUGAAACUUGAUGCUACCGAGGAAAUGCUCCAGCAGGAGCUUUCGAGUCGGACGUCCCUUGAAACCCAAAAGCUGGACCUGAUGGCUGAGAUGUCAAACCUGAAAAUAAAGCUGGUUGGUUUGGAAAAGGAGAAGAACAACUGUGAAGAGUCUCAGAGUAAGGCGGAGUCGGUAGUCAAUAUGAUAAAUGAACUUCAGGAACAGAUGUGCAAGCUUCAGCUCGAGAUCAAUACUAAGAUACAAGAGAGGGAAUGCCAUGCUAGCACAUCCGAUCUAGCUGAGCCUCUCCAUAUCAACACAAGUUGUCCCAUUGACCCCCUACAACAUAUGAAGUGCCCCGGUUGUGAAGGGAAGGAUAUGCUGCUACAGGAACUCAAAGGCCUAAAAAUUAAAGUGGAAGAACUGGAAAAUGAGAGAGCACAGUAUGAAUGGAAACUAAAAGCAACAAAAGCUGAAAUUGCACAACUGCAGGAGAAGCUGGCUUUGAAAGAUGCUGAAAUAGCUCGCCUGCAAAGCCAAGUAUCCUCAAGAACCACUGCUCAAAAUGAAUCUUCUGAGAGAGAAGAAGUAUUUAGGAGGAGGAUAAAAGAGAAACAUCAUGAAGUGCAGCGGCUACAGUUGGGAAUGGAGACUCUGUUGGCUGCAAAUGAAGAAAAGGACCUUCGGAUAGAAGAACUCACGUUGCUGCUAAACCAAUAUAGACGGGUGAAGAACUUUGUGAUGGCAACACAUGGCUCUUCUGAAAGAAUACUGUCCGCAUGCAGUGAAGAUGAAGUUGAAUCUACAAUUAAGAAAAUAAUUCCAAGAAAUAAUCAGUCUAUGGAGCUACUAAACUCAGAGGUUUCUUCCACUGUGUCCUCACCAACUGUGCCAACAACACCUCCCCAAAACAUCCUGGAAAAUGGCAAUAGCACGCACAGCCCACAUGAAAAUGGCAGCUCACCACAAGAAGAGCACCUGGAGUACAGGAAUAGAGCUCAGCCCAGAACACUGUCAACCAGUCUGGAAGAUUUGCAAACUGGACCUACGGAAAAGCAUGAUGAUGGGGAAAUCCCUGAGCCUGUUGUAACACCUGAGUGUAACGCUGAUCCCAGGUACCAGACAUUGCCGGGAAAACUCUCUCGCACCACUCCCAAUGGGUCACAUGACUGCUACAGGAAUCCUGAAUCCCAGAAUGCUCUGCACUUCAAGAGCGAAUCAAACGGACUGCAGAGCUUGCAUAUCAGCAGAAGCGUCAGUGCCCCAGUAAUAGGUGAGACAGAAAACAGCCUGGACAUCACGUUUAAUGACCUCUCUUCGGGCACAGACUCCGCACCACGCUCCCCGCUCACUCCCGAAGGCAAGAAGAGCCCAAAAGGCAUCAAAAAGUUCUGGGGAAAAAUCAGAAGAUCUCCCUCAGGACACUUCAACACGGAUGAUUUAGGAUUGUCGGAAUUUAAAAGAGGGGGCAUGCGGGCGACAGCAGGGCCCAGGCUCUCCAGAUCAAAAGAUCCCCGAAACAAAAAUAGUGAUUAUAACGCUCCGUUCUCUCAGUGGAGUAAUGAGCAGGUCUGCAAUUGGCUGGAAGACUUUGGCUUGGGGCAAUAUGUCAUGUUUGCCAGGCAGUGGGUGAGCACGGGUCACACGUUACUAACGGCCACACCGCAGAUCCUGGAGAAGGAAUUAGGAAUAAAGCAGCCCCUGCACAGAAAGAAGCUCCAGCUGGCCGUUAAUGCCAUCAGUACCAAAAAAGAUGAAAAAUCCGGCCAACUAGAUCACAUGUGGGUGACACGGUGGCUGGACGAUAUCGGCUUACCUCAAUACAAGGACCAGUUCCAUGAAUCCCGCGUUGAUGGCAGAAUGCUACAAUACUUAACUGUGAAUGAUCUUCUCUUCCUGAAAGUCACAAGUCAACUCCACCAUCUCAGUAUUAAAUGUGCCAUUCAUGUACUACACGCCAACCAGUUCAGUUCAAACUGCCUGCGCAGGAGACCAGCUGACGAGAAUAACCUCUCCCCCUCAGAAGUGGUGCAAUGGUCCAAUCACAGGGUGAUGGAGUGGCUGAGGUCUGUAGACUUGGCUGAAUACGCACCAAAUCUUCGGGGCAGUGGCGUCCACGGUGGUCUCAUUAUCCUGGAGCCGCGUUUUAACUCGGAUACUCUUGCCAUGCUAUUGAACAUUCCGCCAGAGAAGACCCUUCUGAGGAGACAUCUGGCAACUAAUUUCAGCUUGUUGAUUGGUCCAGAAGCUCAGCAGGAAAAGAGGGAGAUCAUGGACUCUACAACCUACACACCUCUGUCUACAGCUGCCAAAGUCCGGCCAAAGAAACUGGGCCUGUCUCACUUCGGCCACCUGCGUAAGAAGAGAUUUGACGAAUCCACAGACUAUGUGUGCCCGGUGGAUGCCACCCCCCAGAAGAGAGAAUUCAAAACACCCAACAACAGUCCUUUUAAAGAGGCUGAUAAAGUGGAGCAGAUGGAGCAUUCAGAUGGCAUGGUAAAGCAAAUAGGGGCUUUUUCUGAAGGCAUUAAUAACCUCACCAACAUGCUCAGCGAGGACGAAUUGCUCAAUAACUACAGGUUCCUCUCCGCCUAUGAUGUUUGGAGAUAGGCCCCAGCACCUGCUCACAGUUGCUACUGGUGUCAGGAACAAGCUACAGGAAGGCCACAGUGGCCUCUGACUCUUUCUUAGGCGCAGAAAAGACUUUUUAAUACAAAUAAAACAAAAACAAAAACAUUUCAAUCCUAUUUAUAUUUUAUUUAUUGCAUUACAGGUGAAAUAUGACAGUCAGGCAAUGUUUUUGUGUAUAUUAUAAAAGGCUGUACAUUUUUUUUUAAUUAUUAUUUUUAUCUAGAAACUGAAAAUGCAAUUUUGUUAUUUAUUUUUAUUUUGGUUGCCAAUUUACAUGUAUAUAAUUUUAUUAGGGAGGAAAGUUUCAUCCUUCAAUUUCUUGAUACAGUAUUUAGAAUUAACUUUUUUUCCCUCUAAAAUAUGAACUAAAAUAAUGGUUCUGAUUUUGUAUUUUUUAUUUUAAUUUUUGUCUGGCGCGUUUAGGAUGUGUUGUGUAUUACGAUUUACUGCUGAUUAUAGAACCUUUGCCGAGGGGAAUUAUUUUGGUAAAGAUACGAUAUAAGAGUUUUCUAAUAAAACCCUGUAGAUAGAUACUGGGGUUCACCUACAAAGUGUUUAGAAAACAGGGUAAACAGUAAUUAUGUUUCUGUUCUAUAUAUUCCACAUACAGUAUAAGUAGCAUUUGCUGUGUCUCAGAUAAUUUGACCGGUUAAACUGUUUGCCAUAUUUGACCUCCGCAUCCUAUUAUGUGUGGUCCAUUUUUAGGUAAUACCAUUAUUUUUAUGUAGUUUACGUAGUUUCCCUUUAGAUUGUGUAUAUACGUUGCUCAAUUUUCAAUCAAAUAAAAAUAAUUUUUAUA